AUGGAGUCCAAAGGAAGUGCCCGAAGUGGAAACAAGCCUGAUGCCAAGACCACCAGCUCAGGAAAGCCUGAAAAGCCUAACCCUGGGCCUGUUGCUCCUUCUGAUAAGAAAGAACCCCUAUCUAAGGAGCACCCGGGCCCGGCUGCCACUACUCCAGCAAAAAAGGUGGCAGCUUCAGCAAAUGAGGCCGCACUGCUGAACAACCAUAGCAACAUGAAGCCUAGUCCUGCAGCGGCAGCAACAGAAGGUCCUGAAGCGACGGGUCUUUCUGGUGACUCGGAGCACAAAGGGAGCGAUGGAGAGGAAUCGCCAGGCAGCAGCCUCUUUGAGAACAUGAAGCCGCUGAUCAUCGUUGGAGGAGCAGCAGCAGUAGCUGUCAUAGCUGUGAUUGUGGGAGUGGCCAUCCUAGCUCGGAAAAAAUAA